UUUCGUUAUAAGUAACGUACGCUGAAAUGCUUCCAGUAAAUGUAAAAUGAAGUCUCAACAAGUUGUCCUAGUUUUGAUUGUGGUUAUCAAUUCGCUGUGUUUGGCAGACGAUAAUCAAAAUAAUGGCCCCUUACCUAUAUGGCCUCCUGAUCUAAGUUCAUACGUGCAAUAUUGGCAACAAUUUCAAAAUUUUAUUUUAAAUAAUAAUAUCAUACGUCCAUGGUCUACGGGUCUGCUCCCGACAAACGACAACAGUUCGGCUUGUAGUUCCCCUUCAGUAACCAACUCAUCAACUAAUAACACCGUUCCUGAAAGUACUACCCAAGGACGUUCCAAAGUGAAGGUCCAUCCAGCCGCCAGACAUUCUCAUAAAGAUGUUAAAACCAAACAUUCCCAUGGCAAAAAACAUUCAGGUGAAAAACAUCACUUACACGAAAAGCACCACCAGCACGAGAAGCAUAAGCUGAAAAACUACCACGAAAAUUAAAAUUAUAAUUUUUGA